AUGGCAGAGGCCGGGUCCCUGCCCACAGGCUUCGGGGAGCUGGAGGUGCUGGCUGUGAGGGUGGUGCUGCUGGUGGAAGCUCUCGCCGGCCUCAGCCUCAAUAGCCUGACCGUCCUCUCCUUCUGCACGAGCCCGGAGCUCCGGACUCCGAGCCACCUGCUGGUGCUGAGCCUGGCCCUGGCGGACAGUGGGGUCAGCCUGAACGCUCUCACCGGAGCCACAGCCAGCCUCCUCCGGCGCUGGCCCUGCGGCUCAGGUGGCUGCCAGGCUCACGGCUUCCAGGGCUUCACAGCCGCGCUGGCCAGCAUCUGCAGCAGCGCGGCCAUCGCCUGGGGGCGUUACCAUCACUACUGUACCCGCAGCCGAUUGGCAUGGAGCACGGCCGGCUCCUUGGUGCUCUUCGUGUGGCUGUCUUCGUCCUUCUGGGCAGCGCUGCCCUUCCUGGGCUGGGGCCACUAUGACUACGAGCCCCUGGGGACCUGCUGCAGCCUGGGCUACCCCAGGGGGGACAGAAACUCCACCAGCUUCCUCUUCGUCAUGGCCUUUUUCAACUUCCUCCUGCCCCUCUUUAUCACACGCACAUCCUACCGGCUCAUGGAACAAAAACUCAGGAGGACCGGGCCCCCCCAGGUGAACACCACUCUGCCAGCCAGAACACUGCUGCUCGGCUGGGGCCCCUAUGCCCUCCUGCACCUCUGCGCAGCCCUCAUGGGCACGGCCCUCAUCCCCCCCGGGCUGCAGGUGGUGCCCGCUCUCAUUGCCAAAAUGGUGCCCACAGUCAACGCUGUGAACUACGCCCUGGGCAGUGGAAUCUGGCAGCGCCUGUCCCUGCAGCGAAGUGGGUGGGACUCGGCCCAGCGAGCUGCUCGGGUGCUGCACUGA